AAAAAAAAAUAGAGAAGAGAAGAGAGAGACAAAAAGACAUCCCAAUUGCAGAGAAACCGUGUUGAACUUGGUCUCUGAGCUGCUUCUUCGCCUCCUUUUAUAAUUUUCCAGCAAAUAACAAAAAAAACUUUCCUAAGAAAAAACAAAGAGAAUCCUUUAUAAAUCAUCCGAGAGUCUUCAACAGUUUCUCAAACAUCAAUCAAAUCUCAGGUUCUUGUGAUUUUUUUUUUCAAACUAGUAACGAAAAGGUUUUGGAUAUGGCGUCGAGUCAGUGGACGAGGUCGGAGGACAAGAUGUUCGAGCAAGCUCUGGUGCUAUUCCCCGAGGGAUCUCCCAAUCGGUGGGAGAGAAUCGCCGAUCAGCUCCAGAAAUCGGCUGGUGAAGUUAGGGAGCAUUACGAGGCGUUGGUGCACGACGUUCUGGAGAUCGAUUCGGGACGAGUCGAUGUCCCUGAUUACAUGGAUGACUCUGCGGCGGGUUGGGACUCAGCUGGUCAGAUCUCGUUUGGGUCUAAACACGGAGAGACCGAGCGGAAACGAGGAACUCCUUGGUCCGAAAACGAACACAAAUUGUUUCUGAUUGGAUUAAAGAGAUACGGGAAAGGAGACUGGAGGAGCAUAUCGAGGAACGUGGUGGUCACUAGGACACCCACGCAAGUCGCCAGCCAUGCUCAGAAAUAUUUCCUUAGACAGAACUCGGUGAAGAAAGAGAGGAAGAGGUCGAGCAUCCACGACAUAACUACUGUCGAUACUAACUUAGCCAUGCCUGGUUCCAACAUGGACUGGAGUGGACAGCAGGAGAGCUCUGUUCAGACUCAGCAUCAGCAGCAACAGAGCAUGUCGGAGUUUGGUCAGGAGCUGAUGACUCCGGGUGGUCAUUAUGAGGAGUUCGGUUAUCGGAUGUGAAAGAAGGGGUGGGGGGGGAGGGGAGUUUGUAAUGGUUUUGGUUUGUUUGGUAGGGUUUUUUUUACCCAUUUUAUGUGAAUAGGAAAGCAAUAGCAUUGGGUUUAUUUUCUUAUACUGAUAUGAUGAUGAAAGAAUAAAAAUAUAGUGUAUAGAAGAAAGCUUUUUGUAACAACACACACGUAUGUUUGGUAUUUUGAAUCAAAUGCAUAUGGAUGUCUUUUAAA